UUACAUUGUUUGUAUAUACCGCCAUAGACAGACACGUGUAUCUGCACAUGUCGAGGUAUCGAACAUGUGAUCACGAACGAUGGACGUAAAUUUGUCGAGUUUGUGAUAUAGCCGGUGAUUUAUCUUCUUAAAACUUUAUAGUGGCGAGAUAACAAUAUUGAGCGAUACAUAUAAUUGCGAAUAGGUUAAUCAUGCUGCGAAUUCUUAGCCGCUCAAUGCGCUCGACGCAUCUCCUGAAGAAAACGACGAAGGUCAUCUGCGUGUCAAAUGUGAGAAAUUUGAAUCUGUUGGAAUACCAGAGCAAAGAACUCCUGCGCGAUUCGGGCGUGUCAGUACAAAAUUUUGCCAUCGUUGACGACCUAACCAAGACGGAUUCUGCUUUGGAGAAACUACAUGCGGAUGAAUUUGUUAUUAAAGCUCAAGUCUUAGCAGGAGGUCGUGGUAAGGGUUGGUUCGAUAAUGGGUUCAAAGGUGGAGUGCAUCUCACUAAAGAUCGUAAUGCUGUUAUCAAUUACGUGAAGAAUAUGUUAGGUCAUCGUCUCAUUACUAAACAGACUUCAAAGGAUGGUAUAUUGGUGCAGAAGAUUAUGAUAGCCGAGUCAGUAGAGAUCGCACGAGAGACUUACGUUUGUAUUCUCAUGGAUCGUCAGCAUAAUGGUCCUGUGCUGAUAGCAUCUCCAGCAGGUGGAAUGGAUAUCGAAGCAGUUGCGGAGAAACAUCCUGAACAAAUAAAAACUGUUCCAUUGGAUAUUUAUCAUGGCAUUGAUGACAAAAUAGCAAAGGAUGUGUGCAUUUUUCUGGGAUUUUCUGAUCUAGAUAUUCUUAAUAAAGCCAUAUAUGAAUUGAAAAAUUUAUGGAAACUGUUUGUGGAUAUUGACGCUCUACAAAUUGAAAUCAAUCCGCUAGUGGAAACAGCAGAUAAGCAAGUGGUAGCAGUAGAUGCAAAAAUUGCAUUUGAUGAUAAUGCUCAGUUUAGGCAACAAAAUCUGUUUGCUUUAGAGGAUGUUAAUGAAAAAGAUCCUAGAGAGGUAGAUGCGUCACGAUAUAAUUUGAAUUAUAUUGGAAUGGAUGGCAACAUAGGAUGCCUAGUAAAUGGAGCUGGUUUAGCCAUGGCUACAAUGGAUAUUAUUAAAUUAAAUGGAGGAUCGCCAGCUAACUUUUUAGAUGUCGGCGGUAAUGUGAAGGAAGACCAGGUCUUUCAAGCAUUUAGAAUCCUCAAUGAAGAUCCAAAAGUCAAAGCAAUUCUCGUUAAUGUUUUUGGAGGUAUCGUGAAUUGCAUAACGAUAGCAAGAGGAAUUAUCUCAGCAUCACGAAACUUAGGACUUGAAAUACCGCUUAUUGUAAGACUAGAAGGAACUAAUGUGACAGAAGCUAGAAAAGUCUUGGCCGAAUCUGGAUUGUCCAUUCUCACAGCGAAUAAUUUAGAUGAAGCAGCGAGAAAAGCGGUAAUCUCUGUAAAUGCAUAAUUGUUUAAUAUGAUGAUACAUCGUCGCUUUAUACCUAUUUAAGACUGGAAAUCUGUGGUUUUAAUACAAGAGAACAAUAAUGUUAGGAAUAACUUGAAGUAUAUAAUAAGUAUAUAUAUGUAUAAUUUUUUCAUACAAGAAUAUCAUGUUUUGGGAUAUUUUUAUAACUUGAAUGUAAAUAUAUAUCUAAAUGCUGCCUA